AUGCUGCACGUGCCAACAGAUGAUACAGAACCACAUACAGUGGAGCCAGAGAGCAAGAGGCAGGCAGUAUGGAUGCUGGAACUGCUGCUGCUGCUGCUGCUGGAAAUAGUAGCAACAUUUUGGAGUCAAUUUAAAGUGUCUUUACCCAUGUUUGUUGAAGUCUUUAAACAUAACAAAAAUUUUCUGGAAAUUCAGGAGGUGGUGAAAAUCAUUGGAAGUAAAUACUUUCAGUGCCUUUUGGAGAAGCCAAAGAUCAAGGAAAAUGAGAACUUGAAGGCAGAAACUCAAACAGUACUCCAAAAAUCCAUGAAUGGUGGUACAAGGCAGAUGAGCACAGACUCCCCAGCUCCUACUAAUCCUACUGAUCAACAACUCAAUCAUGACCCAGAGGGUGAGGAAGAAAGCAAGCACCCAGAAAACAAUCAGAAACCAGAGAACAACCAGAAAGUCCUAAAAGGAGCACUCAGUAGCAGAUUUCUGGAUGGCAAAGAGAGUGACAGAUACCCAAACUUUCCUUGCCAGUCAAAUGCCCACUGCAGCUCUGUACCUACUGGAGACCAGUCCCUAUCCUAUAUCCAUGGCUUCCCCAGAAGAAAUAUGAGAGACUGGCCCCUGGAACAAAUGGCAAGGGACAUUUCUGCCCAGCCUGAUUUUGACCAGAAGCCAAGUGGAACAACAAGAGAAGAUGCUUUCCUUCUUGCCCUGGUCAGAAAAGAGCUCAGAUGACACCCUUUGAGCUCUGGCUUACUACAAAAGCUCCAGAAAGAGCUGAAGACCCUGGAUCCUAUCGCUUCAGGAUUUCUUCUCCAAUCUCAACUGAGCUGCAUUUUCUUGAGGCAUGAAGUUCCUCUACAGUUAAUAACAGUCAAGAUCAUUUGCCAGAAAUUUUCUAGGAGGGACUCUCCAGAAAUGGUGAAUUAUGGAAAGCUCCUCUGGUUUUUAAAAGCUGCAGCUUCCAAUGAUCCACCGCAAAGCAAAGAAGUUGCAGGCAGCAAACCGAGGAAAUCUCAGGGUUGUCAUCAUCAGAGUACUCCUCCUCCAGAGGCCAGCCCACAGUCAUAAGUGGGCGAGAACCUACUGGAGAUCCUGAUGGCACUAAGGACAAUCCAAGGCAAACUCGACAUAGAGGGCCUCAGUCUGAAUUUCCAGAAGGAAGACCACUCUUUCUCUGGCUCCCUGCCCCCACCCAAGGUCAAGACUAUAUGAGGAAAACAUGGAUUAUAUCUAACUUUGAGUCUCCUGGAGACAUUGCUAAACCAUCAAGAUUUGGGUUACCAUGGUGAAAUAAAACGGCAGAAUUUUGUUGAAUUGUUGAACAAAGCUUCCUCUGAUUUGCCCACAGGUAUUAGAAGGGAGAAAGGGAAGCUUAAGCGAAAUCAGGAAGACCAGCAUGUAUUUUCUCCUAAUGCUAAAGUCCCAGAGAUGUCUCCAGGCAAAACAAAACAUGUGACUCCAGAAGAAGAACCACAACCAAAAACCCUUCCUGCUGAGAUUUCAGCCACCUAAGAUCCCCUGAAUGCUCUGAAGGUCAGGCCAGUCUCACAGUCUUUUGUAAGUCCAACGAUGAAGAACCAAUCUGAAGAAUAUGAGACAUGGAUUGACGGGUUCAAGAAGCUGGAAAAUGCCCUCUAGCGGUGUGAUCGGAGUAAUACAGGCGUCCUGGAGAAGGAACGGGCCAGAUGCCUCAUUCACAACUACAAUCUCAUUUACAACCUGUCCCUGAGCCCUCGGAAAAUUGACCAAGCCUUGAGGUAAUUCCGUGCGGGAGAAAAUCUGCUCUUGGAGCCAGCACUUCGGUACUUAAAGGAGCUAUGAUAACAAGCCCAUAUUGUGAGAACAGAUGUUUCCUUUAUCUUCCUUUUUACCCAGACAC